AUGGCCUGGGCUGGGGACGGAGUCGGGGGACACCUGGCGGUCCUGGCUUGGGUCCCCGCAGCCAUCCUGCAGUCCGGGAGCAGCGAGGAGGAGGAGGAGGAGGAUGAAGAGGCAGCCCCUGGACAGCACCUGCUCCUGGAUCCAGUGCCAGAUGACACCGAGACUCGGCUGGCCCAGCUGGAGCAAGCGUCGCAGGCGCUGCUGGCCGAGCUGGCGGCGCUGGACACCGAGGUGGAGCUGGAGCAGCGGUGCCGGCAGCGAGCCCAGGCCUUCAGCGCCCAGGAGAAGGCGCAGCUGGAGAGGAUCAGCCUGGCCGGGACGCCCGAGGGGACCCCAGGGGAGGUGACAGCUGUGAUGACCCCCGAGGUGGCCCCAGGGGAGGUGACACCCACAGGGGUGGCCCUGGAGGAGGCACCCGCCCCUGCCCAGCUCCCAGCUCCACAGGAAAAUCUCUCCCAGCUCCUGGAACAGCACCGGCACCUCCAGGUGCAGCUGCAGCACCUGCACGCCCAGCUGGAGCUGGAGCGGGAGGAGCAGCAGCGCCUGCGGGCGGCCCUGGCCGCCAGCCAGAGGGCACUGAGGUCCUUCAAGAGAGUGUCCCAGAUUGUCACCCAGGAUUACUGCCAGGCCCUGGAGCAGCUGGAGCUGGAGCAGGACCUGCGCUGCCACGCCGAGGCCUUCGCCCACCAGAUGCUGGUCCAGCAGAAGGAGGCGAAGCGCCAGAGCUCCAUCCUGCUGAGGAGCGCCGCGCCCGAUUCCCAAAUCCUGGAAGCGCUCCAGGAACUGCAAAAACUCAGCCGGGAGCUGGAGGAGGCGCGGCAGGAACGGCGCCAGCGAGAGAAGGAGCUGGAGCAGGAGCGGGAGGAGCUGCAGCGGGCGCGGGAAGCGCUGGAGGAGGCGCGGCAGGAGAAGGAGGAGCUGAGGGAGAGGCUGGAAGGGCUGGAGAAGGAAGUGGGAUCCCUCCGGGAGCAGCUGGCACAGCGGCCGCCACCUCAGAGCCACCCCGAGGUGCCACCGCCGCCACCCGCUGCCACCCGCCCGCUGCCACCCGCCCGUCCCCCGCCGAGUAGGGGAGGGGACAGGGUGACAGAUGUGAGGCGUCACCUGCUGUCCCCUCCGGUGUCACCUCCUGUCCCCCCCGCAGCCCCCUGGCCGCCCUCCGGCAGAGGAAGGCGCGGAAAAAACCGGGAGCAGAGUGACCCGGGGACCGAGGACAUCCGGGCCCGGGCCGUGCAGGAGAUGCUGGAGCGGAUCCGCAGCGGGAUCGUCCUGCGGCCGGCCAGGGCCCGGCCACCCCCGUGCCAGGACUCCAGGGCCAGCAAGAGGCGCAGCGCGGCGCUGGAGCUGCAGGGCAUCCUGGGUGCCCUGCGGAGGCCGAGCCGGAGGCGCAGCCGGAAGAGCCGGGAUCAGCAGCUGGGAUCCGUCCUGGAGCUGGGAUCCAUCCUGGAGCGGCGGCGCCGGGCCCUGGACGCUUCCACGGGGGAUUCCACGGGGGAUUCCAUGGGGAAUUCCAUGGGAAAUUCCAUGGGCACCAAUUCCAAGGGCACCAAUUCCAUGGGGAAUUCCAUGGGGAAUUCCAUGAGCACCAAAUCCACGGGCACCGAUUCCAUGGGGAACCAUUCCAAGGGCACCAAUUCCAUGGAGAAUUCCAAGGGCACCAAUUCAGUGAGGAAUUCCAUGAGCACCAAUUCCACGGGUAACCAUUCCAAGGGCACCAAUUCCAUGGGAAAUUCCAUGGGCACAAAUUCCAUGGGCACCAAAUCCACGGGCACCAAAUCCAUGAGGAACCAUUCCAAGGGCACCAAUUCCAUGGGGAAUUCCAUGGGCAUGAAAUCCAUGGGCACCAAAUCCACAGGCACCAAAUCCAUGGGCACCAAUUUCCUGGGCACCAAUUCCAUGGGGAACCAUUCCAUGGGCACCAGUUCCAUGGGAAAUUCCGUGGGCACCGAUUCCAAGGGCACCAAUUCCAUGGGGAAUUACAUGAGCACCAAAUCCAAGGGCACCAAUUCCAUGGGAAACCAAUCCAUGGGGAAUUCCAUGGGGAACCAUUCCAUGGGCACCAAUUCCAUGGGGAAUUCCAGGGGCACCAAAUCCGUGGGCACCAAUUCCAUGGGGAACCAUUCCAUGGGCACCAAUUCCAUAGAAAAUUCCAUGAGAAAUUCCAUGGGCACCAAUUCCAUGAGCACCAAUUCCAUGGGGAACCAUUCCAUAGACAAUUCCAUGAGAAAUUCCAUGGGCACCAAUCCCACGGGCGCCGAUCCCACGAGGAAUUCCACAGGAGCACAGGGGAGUGACGGAGCUGGGACGGAGCCGGCCGCGGGAAACCGCGACCGGGACAAGGACACGGAAAAGCACACGGAAAAGGACACGGAAAAGGACAUGGAAAAGGACACGGAAAAGGACACGGAGCAGGAGCAGGACCUGGCCAAGGUCCCCUUCCGCCCGCGGGGCCUCGGUGGCCUCCCCAGGACGCGUCCCCGUCCCCGCUGGGCUGGGGACAGCGGGGACAACGCCUAG